AUAUAAAAUGAUCAUGCAGUCCACAGCUGAACUUCGCCGCAGUAAAAAUGGUGAAGUACUCCAGAGAGCCGGAUAACGCUACCAAAUCGUGCAAGGCCAGGGGUUCAAAUCUCAGAGUUCAUUUCAAGAACACAAGGGAGACUGCCCAUGCCAUCAGAAAACUGCCUCUUACCAAGGCUAAGAGGUAUUUGGAGGAUGUAUUGAUCCACAAACAAGCCAUACCCUUCACUCGUUUCUGUCGAGGUGUUGGGCGAACUGCUCAGGUGAAGAACAGGCAUUCUAAUGGGCAGGGGCGCUGGCCCGUAAAAUCUGCUAAUUUCAUUCUUGAUUUAUUGAAGAAUGCUGAAAGUAAUGCUGAGGUGAAAGGUUUGGAUGUGGAUGCUCUCUACAUUUCUCACAUUCAGGUGAACCAGCUUGUCGAUUAG